CUCCAGUGUUGAAGAAGAUGAUAAGGAGGAGCAGGGAAAGUUGUUUAUUUACUUGGGAUAUUGGUUUUGGUAUUUGCAACAAUGGAAACAAGUGGAAAGCAAUGCCCAAGGGUCAGUUUCAUGUGGGUUUCCAGCAAUGUAUAACUUUGGGGACUCAAAUUCGGACACUGGUGGGAUCUCUGCGGCUUUAAAUGAAAUCCUUCAGCCGAACGGUGAAACCUUCUUUGGACAUCCCGCCGGUAGGGCCUCCGAUGGUCGACUCGUCGUGGGCAAGUGGCUUUUUCAUUAUUUUUUACCAUACCUUGGUGCAUAUCUGGACUCAAUUGGGACAAACUUCAGGCAUGGUGCCAAUUUUGCGACGGGUGGUUCAUCGGUUAGACCACCUGGGUUUAGUCAAUUCAAUCUCGGGAUUCAGAUUUCACAGUUCAUUCAAUUCAAAGCUCGCACCACCACUCUCUAUAAUCAACUUAACCUUAAUAGAAGAAUCGCUUUAUCCAUUAGCAAUAUUCCAAGGCCAGCCGAAUUCUCACAAGCUUUAUACACAUAUGAUAUUGGCCAAAAUGAUUUGGGUCAUGGUUUCCAAACCAUGUCAGAGAAACAAGUGCUGGAUUCAAUUUCCCAUAUUAUAGGCGAGUUAGCCAAAUCUAUUCAUCAACUGUACAAAGAAGGGACAAGGUUCUUUUGGAUACAUAAUACGGGUCCCCUUGGCUGCUUGCCGUAUAAUGUUAUAUAUGGAAAAAAGGCUGGAAAUCUCCAUAAAAACGGAUGCGUGAAGUCCCAAAAUGAGGCAGCCAUGGAGUUCAAUAGUCAGCUUAAAGACGAGAUCUCCUGGUUAAGAACUCAAUUUCCUUUUGCCAAAUUCACUUAUGUUGACGUCUACUCAGCCAAAUAUGCUUUCAUCAGCAACGCCAAGAACCUAGGUAAAACAUCUUUGUUUUUAAUUAAUACAUGUUUGAAAGUCUUUGUCAUGCUGGUUGUGUUAGUUUGGGUUUGGACAGGAGUGUCGGAUAUGAAUAUGCUAUGUUGUUUCGACUCUUCGUCUCCCCUCAAAUUGAGUGUAUGGAAUGAUGUUAGUUUCCGGAUUUUACGUGAUAAAAAUGUCAAUCUUGAUAAGUUUCCGGAUGUUUUAAGUAUGUGCUAUGAAGAAUGA